GUGACGCGACAUCUCCGGACUGGGCAGGAUGAGCACAGCCAGAAAAUGGCGGAUAUUGAGGAGUUACGGAAUAUGGUAUCAAGUUUCCGUGUCUCAGAGCUCCAGGUACUUUUAGGUUUUGCUGGAAGGAAUAAGAGCGGUCGCAAGCAUGAACUUUUGCUAAGGGCUCUGCAUUUACUGAGGAGUGGCUGUAGUACUGCUGUGCAGAUCAAAAUAAAGGAACUGUAUCGUCAGAGAUACCCAAGAACAUUCGAAGGUCUUUCAGAUUUGACUGCUCUUAAGUCAAGCAUCAAGUCUUACUUUCACAUAGCCGGUGGUGCCACGGUUGUGAGCUCAGAUCUUCCUCUGCAAACUGGCCAUUCGGACCUGGUGCAGCAGCACCUGUCGAGCUGUGAGUCACCUGUUUUUCAUGAAUCAAAGCCCAUGAUGAAUAUGCAGCAGUCCACACCACUUAUGGCUCCCGUCCACCCGGACGUGCAGAUGAAAUCCCUCCCUUUUUACGAUGUGCUGGAUGUCUUGAUCAAACCAUCAAGUUUAGGGGCCAGUACUGUUCAGCGGUUUCACCAGGAGAAAUACUUUAUAUUUGCUUUGACUCCACAACAAGUGAGAGAAGUUUGUAUUUCUCGGGAUUUUCUUCCAGGUGGCAGAAGAGACUACAUGGUUCAAAUUCAACUACGGUUUUGUCUAGCAGAGACUAGCUGUCCACAAGAGGACAAUUAUCCAAACAGCCUGUGCAUUAAAGUCAAUGGGAAGCUCUUUCCUCUCCCUGGCUAUGCACCGCCUCCUAAGAAUGGUGUGGCAAAAAGACAAGGCAGACCACUGAACAUCACAUCUCUAGUCAGGUUGUCAUCUGCUGUACCAAAUCAGAUAUCAGUCACAUGGGCACCUGAAAUAGGGAAAACAUACUCCAUGUCUGUUUACUUGGUACGGCAGCUGACCUCACCACUGUUACUGCAGAGAUUAAGAAUGAAGGGGAUCAGAAACCCUGACCACUCCAGAGCAUUAAUUAAAGAAAAACUCACAGCAGACCCUGACAGUGAAAUUGCCACAACCAGUUUACGAGUCUCACUUAUGUGCCCUCUUGGCAAGAUGCGCCUUACAGUUCCCUGCCGAGCUGUCACCUGUUCUCACCUGCAGUGCUUUGAUGCUGCUCUCUACCUGCAAAUGAAUGAGAAGAAGCCCACCUGGAUCUGUCCUGUCUGUGACAAAAAGGCCACAUAUGAGAGUCUGAUCAUAGAUGGGCUUUUCAUGGAAAUACUCAAUGAUUGCACAGAUGUAGAUGAAAUCAAAUUUCAAGAGGAUGGGACAUGGUGUCCAAUGAGACCAAAGAAGGAGGCUUUGAAAGUGUCGUCUUCGUGUAUCCCAAAAAUUGAUUGUGCUGUCCCAGUGCGACAGUGUGCAGUUGUGCCACUCCCCGAACCCAGCAGUACAAAAAAAGCAGACGUGAUCGAUCUGACGCUAGAGAGCUCGUCUGAUGAUGACGAGGACAGUGAUCCACCUCUGAAAAAGCGCUGUGUCUACAUGUCAAAAGCUGAGGAGAUGCACAGCAAAGGGGUUUUGACUUAUCAGCCAUCAACUGUUCGAGUGCCAAAUGUCCAGGCGCUGGACACCUCAUACCUGACCUCCUCCAUAGCAGACUACUCUGUUCCAUUCCACCAUUCAACCUUAUCCACUAUUCCCACAGAUAUGCAAAGUCUUGAUUUAUUUUCGCUGAUUCAAGGGGAGCCACAGCAGCAUUACAGAGCCCCCAUAUUUUUAGACAACCUCUCUAGCAGCCUUCAGAGUGCCACCACCAGCGCUGGCCUUGUAUCCUCAUCAGCUCAGUACACAGUAGAGACGGGAACCCAUAGCAGCAGCUCUAGUCACGAGACAGGUGUCAUCACUGGAGGAUCUUCAGGUUUAUCAGACAUUAUAUCACUAGACUGAAUCAUGGUUCAUCUUUGUUGGCAGAACUACACGUCAGUAAACUUACCAAACUGAGACAAAUUGGCUAAGCUAAAAAAAAAAUGUAUGUUGGACUAUGGAAUUCAAGAAUUGACAAGGAACUAGGAGGACUGCAAUGAAGCAAGAUCAUGUGGCUUGGUCAGCAAAUGCAGCACCGACUCAAGCUAUUUUGUCUUCAAAUUACGGAAACUCAAGUUAUAUUUAAUUACUCUCACAUUAGCUUUUUGAUUUGAGGAGUAGAGCUGAAAAAGGAGUGGACUGAAAAUGUCAGACACAAACUGUCAGCAAAUUGUUGAAAUGAAAAUGGAAUUUCAGCGGCAACACAAAUUGUUGGCAUUAACAAUUUCAGCAGUGCAAUUAUUAAUAUUUUUGUUUCAAUUUCAGACUUCAGUUGCAGCAAUAAAAACUUUUUGUAUAUUGUAAAUGUUUACUCGUCUGAUAGAGUACAGUACAAAUGUCAGAUUGCAACACUUUUGUCUGUUUUUGAAGAUUAUGUGGUUUUAAAUUGUGAUUUAAUUAUUUUAUCAAAGGUAAUCAGAUUCCUGGUUGAUCAUGCAGUAAGUCAAUUUUGAAUCUGUAAUUUUAUGUGGAUGUAGUUUGUCCACUCUACCCCAUGUGUUUGUUAUCUUAAAAUAAAUUUAACAUAUUUGGCUCAAACUGCAACAUGACCUGCUUUAAAAUAUCCUAAUUUUAAUGGUUAUUGGUCUGCUCAUAAAACAUGCAGCUGUAGGAAAAAUGUAAAUGAAGCCAUUCAAGGUAUGAUUAAAAAUUAUGCCUCAAAGUUUGUAUACAAGAUGUCACAUAGGAUCAACACAAUACACAAAUCUUCUUUAUUUUGUUAUUUUGGAGGUCUUUUUUUAUUGCUAAUGGAUAUUUACUUUAUAGACAUAAGCAGCAGUUUUAGUUCUUCUCACAUAUAGUCUUAUUGGAUAUGUGCCAUGUAAUUUUGAGAAAGUCUGAAGGCAUGUGAAUGGUUGUUUGUCGCUCAUUUCUUUUUCACAUGUAGCUAUUCCCUGUUACAUACAUUGUAUGGACUAUUUUGAGUCUAUGAAGCAAAUUUUAUUGAUAAAAAAAAAUGCUAAUUGUACCUCCCAGUGAGGGCUGAGUUUUAUAAUGAAUGCAGCUCGUCAUUGAUGGAUGGCAAAGUUAGGAGCAUGGGCAUCCACAUCUGAAGUCCUAUAAACUAAUCCACAGU